CUGCAGAUGUCAAAACAAAUGUAGGAUAUAAAGCCGUGUCGGCACGUGUAGUGUACUAAACCACAUACCAAACUACUUUGACUCUCUAGUAUGGUGUUAUCAAAGUUCUGGGCGCUGUUUGUUUGAAAGAGUUUGUGAUGGAUCAAAAUUCAGAGCUCGAUGGCAGCAACAGUGGUAAAGGAAAGAAAUAUGCAGAAGCUGCGUUUCUUGCUGGCGUCGCCGGAACUGCGGCAAUAUUUGGGUUUGGUAUGACGCUGGCGCAGGCGAAAAAGCGGGACCCCGAAAACUUUGCCGAGGGUUUGACUGCAUCGCAGAAGCUCCACGAAAGCGGCUCUAAGCUAGCGUUGCGAGCUCUUGGAAGAGGAACGCUGUAUUCUGUGACGGGGUUUUCAAUUUUCUGUUUCCUGGCGUGGAAGGCGAUGGGAGUUUCUGAUCUGCAAGAAUUCAGACUGAAGGUUGGCUCAUUUCUCCCACGAAUACCGAAAAAUGAGCCACAAGGACGAACUGAAUUUUCUUCAUUACGAGACCUUUUAAACUAUGUCAUUGAGGAAAGCGAUAAAAAGAAGGGAACAUAAAAUUGUGUAUUGCGUGAAAAACUUUGCAACAGUCCUAGACUUGUCUCUUGUGAUUGGACUGACCCCGUUUAAUCACUGUAUAAAAUUGAACACAUUAAACAAAUUUUUUCACUAGUCACGAAA